AAACUGAAGCUAAAACCACACGGCUGCCCGGCUACCGCACGGAGUACAAGUUAUAUAUUCAUCAGAUUUUUGCUACUAACGGUACUUGCCUAUAAGAAUAUUUCACAAUGACUUUUUUUAUGAAGUCUUUUAAAGUCGGUAAAUCAUUAUAUAGUAAUGUUUUGGCAUCAGAAAUCAGGGUAACUUCAGUGUUGGGUCAUAACAUAGUUCGUUGCAAAGGAUCAGACGAUACUAAUAAUGAUACAAAGAAAAGCGAUGAAAAAACUGUUGAAGAUAUAGUUAAACAAAAUGAACAGUUAUUAGAAGAAAAUCAAGUUCUUAAGGACAAAUUCAUAAGAUCAUUAGCUGAAAUGGAAAAUACACGUAAGCAAGCUGUAAAACAAAUAGCAGAUGCCAAGAUCUACGCUAUUCAAGGAUUUUGUAAAGAUCUACUUGAUGUUGCUGAUAGUUUGGGGAAAGCUACUGAACUAGUACCAAAAGAAGAAGUCUCUGAUAGAAAUCCACAUUUAAAACAUUUGUAUGAAGGCCUAGUAUCAACAGAAUCCCAGCUACAAACGAUAUUUCAAAGACAUGGACUAGUAUCAGUUAAUCCAUUAAAUGAAGAAUUUGAUCCUAAUGAACAUAAAGCUCUAUUUGAACAAGUAGUUGAAGGUAAAAAAGGAGGGUUAGUUGUUGUAGUGUCACAAAUUGGAUACAAGUUACACAAUCGUGUCAUUAGAGCAGCUGCUGUAGGUAUUAGCAAAGACGCCAACCAAUAAAACUCGGAAAUGAGUAAAACACAAUUGUAGUAGUAAGACAAUAUAAUGUAAAUAAAACCUUGUCUUCUCAUUUCUUGUUAUUUGUCUAUUCAAUUUUUAAAAUAUCAUGGAACAAAAAAAAAGAUGUUUAAAUAUAUAUAUCAUAUUAUUAUUA